AUGGUCACUUAUGAAAAUGGCGAGAAGGCUAAUGAUAUCAAGUCCUACCGCUUCUGCCCCACUGUAGCAAAAAUGGAUCCACAAGCCGAAGCGACGCAUGGAAUCAGCAUGGAACAGCUUCGCGGCGAGCCCACUUUUGAGUCCAAGGCAGUGGAGAUUAGAGACACUCUUGCCCAGGCAAACUCCCUGAUGGGUUACAACUUGCGAUUUGACCUCAAAAUGCUACAGGCUGAAUAUUGUACAGCAGGAGUUGAACCCUUGGCUCUUGCUGGUGUCGCUAUCAUUGAUCCAUUCUUCAUCUGGGACGCUCAGAGACGUAAAUGCAAGGGGGAACGUCGCAAACUGGUCAACGCACAUCAAGUCUUCCUAGGUGAACCCAUGGAAAACGCCCACAAUGCAGCAGCAGACAUCAUAGCCACUGCCCACGUCUACAAUGCCAUGGUGGAAGACUUCCAUUUGGCCGGUCUUGAUGGUGCGGCUAUCGAUAGAAUGUAUCGAGGCAACAAAAUUGAUUUUGAAGGCAAGUUUGUGCGGAACCCUCAAGGAGAAGUUGUCUUCAACUUUGGACAACACAAAGGUAUGGCUGUGGUGGACCCAUCAUUCAAGAGUUAUCUAGAUUGGAUGGUGUCAAGAGGAGAUUUCUUCCCUGAUGCAAGACGGAUCGCAGAACUUGCUCGGAAGUUCAGCACGGACAAAGACACCUUCAAUGCGACAAUAGGAGAUUCGCAUCGGCAGCAUGUUCUGGCUUAG